AUGCCAAUGCCAUGCAAGGCCUUGACCGGGAACCUCAAUUUCUUCUUCAAACUGUCUGCCACGGGGCACUACCCAACCACCUUCUCGGCGCUGGAGGAUUACGAGAGCGGCCGAUUGCUCCGGGGUGCGGCGCUUGCUGGUGCCUCCGUGAGCUUUGCAGCAAGGGGGGACGCAUACGUGGCCACUGUAGCAGCUGGCGGCCGCUCAGUACAAAUCAACGAGCACCGCCUGCUCACGCUCGUCUGUGCAUGCUAUGCAGCUCGGCAACUCAUUGCCAUUGUACGACGCGAGAGGACUGGAAACUAUUGGUUCAUGGUCAACAGAUCAGGAAUUUUUAUUAUUUGCAUGAUGGAGUACUUGCCAUGCUUUCCGAAGCUCACUCUCGCAUUUUUCGAGGUGGAGAAUGGCGCAUGUGGUACUAUGGUUACCAACUCUUCGGCCACUGACCUUUCUGAGCACUGGCGUUCCGUUGAAGUCCUGUACCUGCCAACUGCACAGGAAGAAUUGGAGCUGCGUCUUCUGUCGAUGGCGCCAGGCCUGGCGAUGAAAUUCGUUGCGAUCUACAGUGGCGACGUCUCCGCGGACCGCUUGAGGCGCCAACGCUUCCAGGACUUGUUGAGGGUGGCUACAGUUGUGCCUCUGCGAUUCCUUGAGGUUCAAUUUUUGUGGAAGGAGAGGCCAGGGCGAGUUGCACUCGUCCUUCAAUUCGUCGGUUCUCUUCUGAAGCCCGAUCACCUGGAAGAAGCAAUCGGGCUACGAUUCCGAGUCACAGUUGGUGAUGUUGUGGAGCUUCCCAAUGGCACGCUCUGGAUGUAUUACUUCGGUGGUGGCCUUGAGGGGGUGCCACGCGCGGGCAUCCGGAUGCAGAUUGGCCUCGCCGUGUCUGAGGAUGGGUUGACCUGGCGACGACAUGGCGAGCCGGUGCUCAGCCCUGGAGCUCCUGGCGACUUCGAUGAGACCUUCGUGGCGUGGCCCAGAGUUCUGCCCCCCUGGGAGACAAGGAAUGUGGGCAUCGAGGGAUGGUAUAUGUCCUACCACACCGCCUCUUUCAAGGAAGGCAUCCAAUGGUCUGCAGGAGCUGCUUUCAGCGAUGAUGGGGUCUCCUGGACAAAGGUUGCCGGACCAGUGUUGGAAGGAGGCGACGACGGAGCCUGGGAUGAGAAGGGCGUUGGUGUUCGUCACCCGGUAGUGGGGCCUGAUGGCCGCCUGGUCAUGGUCUAUGAGGCCGUGGACGGUGCCAUGGACCACGCUUUGGGCCUGGCGGAGAGUGAGGACGGCAUCAGCUGGACCAAGGUCAAGUUCCCUGAGGCCGGCCUGGGUGGACCAGUCUUGCAAAAGGGCGCCACCGAUGCCUGGGAUAGCCGUGUUGUCGGAACUCCGUAUGUUGUUCCGCCCGUGGGAGCUGAAGAUCCAUGGCGCCUAUACUACGUGGGGGAGGCUGAACCCUAA